ACCUCCUCUCUCUCUCUCUCUCUCUCUGUGUCUUCUUUUCUUUCCCUUUUUUCUUGUCUUUUUUCUCUACUCCUUAUCUUUAUUUUCCUCCUCCAAUUCUUCUGUGAAAAAGUCUAUCACUGCAGAUUUCUUCAACUUUCACAGAACAAAGUAAACCUCUCUGAGUCUUCACUCCGAACCCAAUUUUCUGAUCAGGACUGUCACUUUGGUUGCAUCAUUUCAAUUCCCAAAUUUCCUUCUCUCCCACGAGGGAAUCAUGUCAGUAAUUGGAGAGGCUGCUCUAUCAGCUUUCUUUGAGGUGCUGUUUGACAAUUUAAGCUCCUCUGAUUUGUUGAAGAUCUUUCAGCAAGAGCAAGUUCAUGCUGACCUCAAGAAGUGGAAGACAACGUUGCCGAAAAUCCGUGCAGUUCUGGAUGAUGCAGAGGAUAAGCAGAUGACAAGCAAGUUCGUGAAGAGCUGGCUGGAUGAUCUGGAAGACUUGGCUUAUGAUGUGGACGACAUCUUGGACGAGUUUGCUACUGAAGCUUUGCGACGAAAGUUGAAUGCAGAAGAACCCAGCACAAGUAAGGUACGAAAGUUCAUCCCUGCUUGUUGUGUGGGUUUGAAUCCAAGUUCUAUCAUGUUUGAUGCCAAUAUGCGGUCCAAGAUUAAUGAAAUCAAUACAAGGUUGCAAGAAAUUGUAACACAGAAGAAUGAUCUGGAAUUGAGAGAAAAUACAGGCCGGGGAAGAACUGGAGCAACAAGACCAAGGGUGCCCACGACUUCUUUGGUGAAUGAAGGUCAUACUCAUGGCAGAGUAGAAGAUAAAAAGGCUAUUAUCAAGUUGUUGUUGAGUGGUGAAUCGAGUAAUGCUCCACUCUCUGUGAUUCCCAUACUUGGUAUGGGGGGGUUGGGUAAGACAACUCUUGCCCAACUAGUUUACAACGAUGAUGAGGUGAGCAAUUAUUUUGAUGUGAAAGCAUGGGGUUGUGUUUCUGAAGAUUUUGAUAUUGUGAAGGUGACAAGAGAAAUUCUACAAUCUGUCACUUUUGAAUCCUGCAACGAUAAUAAUUUAGAUUUACUACAACGCAAAUUGAAGGACAAAUUAUCAAACCAAAAGUUCUUGCUCGUUUUGGAUGAUGUAUGGAAUGAAAACUUUAAUGAUUGGACUAGACUGCGUUGUCCGUUUGAAUUUGGGGCUCCAGGGAGUAAGAUUAUCAUUACAACUCGGAGUUAUCAUGUUUCAUCAACAAUGGGCAAUACUCAAGCUUACAAGUUGAACAAGUUGUCAGAUGAUGCUUGCUUAAUUGUAUUUUUCCAAAACACAUUGGAGACAACAAAUUUUAGUGAAUAUCCAGGACUUCAAGAAUUUGGUCCUAAAAUUUUGGAAAGGUGUCAAGGAUUGCCUUUGGCAGCAAAAGCUCUUGGAGGCCUAUUACGUACUAUACAUUGUGAUGAGUGGAAAAAUGUGCUCAAUAACAAGAUAUGGGAUAUGUCAGAAGAAAAUAGUGAUGUUCUACCAACCCUUAGAUUGAGCUAUCUAUAUCUCCCUUCACAUUUAAAGAGAUGUUUUGCCUAUUGUUCACUAUUCCCAAAAGAUUAUGAAUUUGAGGAACAAGAACUAGUCUUGUUAUGGAUGGCGGAAGGUUUGGUUCAAGAAUCAGAAAAGCAUAAACCAAUGGAAGAUCUUGGUAUUGAGUAUUUUCGUGAUUUAUAUAAGCGAUCACUUUUUCAACAAUCAAGUAGGAAUAAAUCACUCUUUGUCAUGCACGACUUAAUCAAUGAUUUAGCUCAAUGGGCAGCGGGACAUUUGUGCUAUUGGUUGGAAGAUAAAUCAGGUGGUAAUAUGCAACCCAAGAUUUCUACAAAGGUACGUCAUUUCUCCUACGCUCGUUGUGAAUAUGAUGGCAUCACAAAAUUUAAAGGCUUGACAAAAGAUAUGCGUUUAUGGACCUUCCUACCACUACAAAGAAAGUACUCAAGCUACUUAACAAAUUAUGUUUUUAGUUGUCUAUUGCCACAAUUUAGAUGUUUAAGGGUAUUAUCUUUAUCUCAAUAUCAAAUUUUUGAGUUACCAAGUUCAGUCGGUGAUUUGAAACAUCUAAGAUACCUCAACCUUUCUAAAACUAUGAUUAGAAGUUUACCAGAAUCAACAAGUUCUUUAUACAAUUUGCAAACAUUAAUAUUGAAAUAUUGUGAGAGACUCACAAAGUUACCGGAGAAAAUUGGAAAUCUAGUCAAUCUUCGGCAUCUUGAUAUUGAAGGGGCCUAUUUAAUCAAAGAGAUGCCAAUGGGAAUAAAAGAGUUAAAAAACCUACAAACAUUGUCUAAUUUUGUUGUGGGGAAAGAUACUGCAUCAAAGAUAGGAGACUUGAUGAACUUGGAGUCUCUUAAGGGAACACUUUGCAUUUCACACUUGGAGAACGUGCUUGAAGUCGAGGAUGCAAGAAGGGCCAACUUACUUGGUAAGAAGAAUUUAAAUGUAUUAGUGAUGAAAUGGGAGUCCGAGCUUGAUCAAAGAGCGAGUCUAGAUAUUCUUGACAUGCUACAACCUUCAACAACGGUGAAAGAAAUUUCAAUUGAUGGCUAUGUUGGUGCAAAAUUCCCAACUUGGUUUGGACAUCCAUCAUUUUCUAAAAUGGUGCUCCUAAGGAUUGAGAGGUGCAGAAAAUGUACAUCUUUACCUACAAUUGGACAAUUACCAUUGUUGAGAGACCUUGUCCUUGUAGGAUUGUCUGCAGUGCAAACCGUUGGUCUUGAGUUUUAUGGGAAAGAUUGCACAAAACCUUUUCCAUCCUUAGAGUCACUUUGCUUUAAGGAUAUGCAAGAAUGGAAAGAUUGGAUUCCAUGCAAAGUUGAGUAUGAAGAAUUCCCUCGGUUGCGUGAGCUUUCUAUUUCUAAAUGCCCUAAAUUGCAAGGAAAAUUGCCUCACCAUGUUCCAUUAUUGGAAAAAUUUUCUAUUAAUGGAUGUGAGCAAUUGGACGUUUCAAUUCCAAACUUCCCAAAGCUUCAUGCAUUAGAAAUUAAGGGAUGUAAAGGGGUGGUGAGUACAGAUGAGUUAUGCUUUCCAAAGUCAACUAUUCUUUCUAUUCCAUAUGUGAAAAGCUUGACGGAGGAGUUCAUGCAUGGGUUAGCUAAGGUAGAAAAUCUAGAGAUAGAUAAUUGUAAGGAGCUAACAUCUUUGUGGCAGGAUGAAUUCAAAUCCCUUAUAACGCUGGGUAUAAGAGAUUGCUCAAGCCUUGUCAACAUCAGCUUGACAUCUACUUUAAGGACACUAUAUAUUUAUGGUUGUAGUGGUUUGGAAUCCUUGUCAAUCUCUAAUUGUACAUGUUUGGAAAAGGCAAGCAUUUCGAGAUGUAAUUCUUUGACGUUGAUUUCAAGAGGUCAGUUGCCUCAAAAUUUGAAAACGCUAGGUAUAAGAGAUUGUGAGAAUUUGCAGUUUUUGGCAGAUGAGGGAGAGGCUUCUUCUAAUUCUUCUUCUCUUCUUGAGAACUUGUAUAUUGCCAGCUGUCCAUCUCUAAAAUGCUUAUCAUCAAGUGGCGACCUCUUGAAAACGCUUAAACGCCUUCAGAUUCGGUCAUGCAUAGAGCUGACAUCCUUAUCAUCAAAAAACGAGUUACCUACAGCUCUUAAAUACCUUUCUGUAUCGAACUGUCCAAAGAUGGAGUCAAUAGCGAACAACUUACCCAACAAUGCGUCUCUUGAAUAUCUUGGAAUCGUAAGUUGUGCAAAGAUGAAAUCCUUACCGGUGGGCCUACACAAACUCUGCCACCUCAAUAAGAUAGAGAUAAUAAACUGCCCUAGUUUUGUUUCCUUCCCAGAUGGAGGGUUACUCCCCACCAGCUUGAGAGAGCUUUCGAUCCACGGCUGUGAGAAACUGGAGGUCUGGCCCAACUGCAUGCCGAACCUCAAUUCUCUUCGUAUCUUCAUUUGUCCAAGCAUCAUAUACUUUCCAGAAGAGGGUUACCCCACCAGUCUAACAUCACUCUCAUUUGGCGGGGAGAAUAUCUGUAAGCAAGUAACUGUGUGGGGAUUGCACAGACUAACCUCUCUUACAUCACUCUGGAUUGAUGGGAUUGAUGGUGGAAUUCCAGAUUGGCAGUCGUUUCCAGAUGAGCAAGAUGGGAAGCUGACGAUGACGCUUCCUUCCUCUCUUACCCAGCUAACGAUUUGGAGCAUUCCAAAUAUAGUAAUUCUAUCUUCUUUGGGCUUUCAAAAUCUCUCUGCUCUUGAACUAUUGAGCAUCGGAAAUUGCCCUAAACUCGCAUCCCUCCCAGAGAAGGGCCUACCUCCCUCGCUUCUGCGACUUUAUAUUAACGAGUGUCCAUUGCUGAAACAACACUGCAAGAAAGGCGGGCGAGAGUGGUCCAAGAUAGCCAACGUCCCUUGCGUUCUGAUUGAUGAUAGGUCUGUCUAUAAGGUGGAGGAGGAGCAGCAAUAAAAAAAUUGUAAAACAAAGAGCAAUAUUUACUCAUAAUAGUUACUCCUUCCUUCCAGUGUUGCAGCAGAGACUAGCUUCUGAACCGCUAAACGUUAUAUUGGAAUUUCAGAACACAGAGGUUAUCAGUAAAUGUGCCCUUUUAGUACUAUGCUUGUGCAGAAUGUCGUUUUAAACAUUUGUCGUGCCUUGCAUAGAUUGAUCAAAGCAUUGUCACCUAUGUUGCAAAUGGCAGAGACUAGGUUUGGAACUGAUAAACCUUCUUUUGGAAUUUCAAAACGUGGAGCAGCCACUCUUUGGGCUAUUUGGAAAUGCAGUAUUAUAGAGCCAAGCUCUUAAUUACUGCUACUCAAGGGAAGACUAUUGAUGCUACUCAAGCUCUUAAUUACUGCAAGCACAAGAUCAUGAUCUGUCAAGAAGCAAUGGCUGGGAUUCAUUCCCUAAAUGUUGCUUUAAACCUCCUAUCUAUAAUUGCAAAUGAUUUGUUGAAUCUAAGAUCAAAUUGGGAACCAAAUUUCAGAUCUUAUUAGAAGUUAGUACAGAAAGGGAGAGUUGCUCGCCAGGUGCAAGCUUUGUUUGCAAAGAUCAAAUGAGGAACCAAAUUGUGGUACACUGUUAUAGUUGGUUGGCUAAAAAGAAAUCCAUAGUACUUUCUCAGAUAAUUCAUGAAAGCUCAACCCAUGCACUUAUUAAAGGUGUGGUAACUGAAGUUGUACCUACUAGUAGCUCUGAGGUUUGCAGCCUUUGUUGUGCAAUGAAAAACACCAGGUUGGGAGAUUAAGCAGUUAAGGAAGACAUUGCUGAGCAGCGUUCAUGAUUUUCUAAACUCUGGGUUGAUCAAAUCCCAGGCAAAUCCUCACUAAUGCUUGUUAGCUGGCCAAUUCUACAGCUUCCUCUUUUAUGCGGCCUGGUCCUCUUCUUGACCAGAAUUUAAGGUUUUCUCUCUGACUUAGCAUCCAUGUUGAAGAGAAAAUGAAUUUCUUGAUGUGGUGAAUCUUGUUUGAUUUGCUGAAUACCACUAAUAGAUGAUAUUGCAGAUUGUACCAGAAACCACCCUACCAGCAAAGUUGCAGAAUCAAUCAGAACCUUCUUAGACCAAUGUAAUUUAUUGGUUCUCCAAUGACUAAGAAGAAGAGCUGGUUCAACAUAGUGAAGAGGUUCUUUAUAAGAGAGACAAACUCAAAACAAGAAAUGGAUAGGAGAAGGAAAUGGAUUUUUGGAGGGCUCAAGAUCAAAAGGUUAGCCUCGCUCACUGCACCAUCAUCAUUAAAUGAAAGAAAUCUAGGUGAGGCUGAGGAAGAGCAGAUCAAGCAUGCUCUUGCUGUGGCCCAUGCCACCAUUGCUGCUGCUGAAGCAGCUGUUACAACUACUCUAGUUGCUGCUGAGAUUGUCUGGUUCACCAGCACCCCUCAAUAUAACCAUCAAUGUGUAAAUGAAGUGGAAGGUUCAGUCAUUAGAGUUCAAGGUGAAGCCCCUCAGUCCAAAAAUCAAUGUGUGAGAGAAUCCAUGAAUUUGCUGCCAUUAGAAUUCAGUCUGCCUUUUGGGGUUACCUUUUGUGUUUAAAGCAAGGAAAGCUUUGCGGGGAAAAGGAAUUAUGAGGCAGAGCUGUAAGAUGCCAAACCAUAAUUACCCUAAAGCUCUUGCAGUCCAUUGUAAUUAUUCAGUCACAAGGCUGCACAAGAAUAUUUGGAAUGGUGGAAGGCACUUGGAAUUAUGUUGGAAGUGAACAAUCGCAGAAUUGGAAAGACAAGACGACAAGGCCACUCUUUGGGCUAUUUGGAAUGCAGUUUUAUAGAGCCAUGCUCAAAGGAAAGGCUGCCGAUGUUUCUCAAGCUCUUAAUUACGGCAGGCAUGUGGUCAUGAUCUGUCACAAAGCAAUGACUGGGAAUCGUUCCCUAAAUGUAGCUUUAAACCCCCUGUCUACAAUUGGAAACGAUUUGUUGAAUUUAAAAUCAAACAGGGAACCAAAUUUUGGAUCUUAGUAGAAGUUACUACAAAAGGAAGAGUUGCUUGCUAGGUGCAAGCUUUGUUUGCAAAGAUCAAAUGAGGAACCAAAUUGUGAUACACUGUUAAAGUUGGUUGGCUAAAAGUAAAUCCGUAGUACUUUCUCAGACAAUUCGUGAAAGCUCAAUCCAUGCACUUAUUAAAGGUGUGGUAGCUGCAGUUGUACCUACUAGUCACUCUGAGGAUUGCAGCCAUUAUUGUGCAAUGCAAAACACCUAGUUCGAAGGAUUUGAGCAGUUAGGAAGACAUUGCUGAGUGGCAUUAGUGAUUUUCUAAAUGCUUGGUUGAUCAAAUCCCAGGAAAAUCCUCACUAAUGCUUGUUAGCAUGCCAAUUCUACAGCUUCCUCUUUUAUGCAGACUAGUCCUCUUCUUGACCAGAAUUUAAGGCUUUCACUCUGACUUAGCAUCCAUGUCGAAGAGAAAAUAAAUUUCUUGAUGUGGUGAAUCUUGUUUGAUUUGCUGAAUACCAUUAAUAGAUGAUAUUGCAGAUUGAAACCACCCUACCAGCGAAGUUGCAGAAUCAAUCAGAACCUUCUUAGACCAAUGUAAUUUAUUGUUUCUCCAAUGGCUAAGAAGAAGAGCAGGUUCAACAUAGUGCAGAGGUUCAUUAUAAGAGAGACAAACUCUAAACAAGAAAUGGAUUUUUGGAGGGCUUAAGAUCAAAAGAUUAGCCUCGCUCACUUCACCGUCAUCAUUAAAUGAAAGAACUCUUGGUGAGGCUGGGGAAGAGCAGAUCAAGCAUGCUCUUGCUGUGGCCCAUGCCACCACUGCUGCUGCUGAAGCAGCUGUUACGACUGCUCUAAUUGCUGUUGCAGUUGUCCAGUUCACCCCUCAAUAUAACCAUCAAUGUGUAAAUGAAGUGGAAGAGUUUUCAGUCAUUAGAGUUCAAGGUGAAGCCCCUCAGUCCAACUAUCAAUGUGUGAGAGAAUCCAUGAAUUUGCUGCCAUUAGAAUUCAGUCUGCCUUUUGGGGUUACCUUUCGUGUUUAAAGCAAGGAAAGCUUUGCGGGGAAAAGGAAUUAUGAGGCAGAGCUGUAAGAUGCCAAACCAUAACUACCCUAAAGCUCUUGCAGUCCAUUGUAAUUAUUCAGUCACAAGGCUGCACAAGAAUAUUUGGAAUGGUGGAAGGCACUUGGAAUUAUGUUGGAAGUGAACAAUCACAGAAUUGGAAAGACAAGAUGACAAGGAAACCACCCUACCAGCGAAGUUGCAGAAUCAAUCAGAACCUUCUUAGACCAAUGUAAUUUAUUGGUUCUCCAAUGGCUAAGAAGAAGAGCUGGUUCAACAUAGUGCAGAGGUUCAUUAUAAGAGAGACAAACUCUAAACAAGAAAUGGAUUUUUGGAGGGCGUAAGAUAAAAAGAUUAGCCUCGCUCACUUCACCGUCAUCAUUAAAUGAAAGAACUCUUGGUGAGGCUGGGGAAGAGCAGAUCAAGCAUGUUCUUGCUGUGGCCCAUGCCACCACUGCUGCUGCUUCUACGACUGCUCUAAUUGCUGUUGCGGUUGUCCAGUUCACCCCUCAAUAUAACCAUCAAUGUGUAAAUGAAGUGGAAAAGUUUUCAAUCAUUAGAGUUCAAGGUGAAGCCCCUCAGUCCAACCAUCACUGUGUGAUAGAAAUCCAUGAAUUUGCUGCCACUAGAAUUCAGUCUGCCUUUCAGGGUUACCUUGUGAGUUUAAAGAAGGCAAGGAAAACUUUGUGGACUUAGAAGGGAAUUGUGAGGCAGAGCUGUAUGAUGCCAAACUAUAACUACCCUAAAGUUCUUCCAGUCCACUGUAAUUAUUCAGUCACAAGGCUGCGCAAGAAUAUUUGGAAUGGUGGAAGGCACUUAGAAUUAUGAUGGAAGUGAACAAUCGCAGAAUUGGAAAGACAAGAUAACAAGGAUAGACACAAGGAAUCAAAGAAGGUGGGAUGACAGUGUUUUGUCAAAGGAAGAGUCAGUUGCAUUGUUUAUGAGUAGGAAAGAGACCAUGCUUAAGAGAGAACGGAUAAAGGAGUAGUGGUUUACCCAUCUGUAGUCAGUAGAUAUGGAUCAUAACUUAGUAAGUGGAAGAUGAAGGCAUUGGUUGGAUCAAUGGGUAGAUACACAAAUUACCCUAAGUAGAGAACUUGAAGAUUUGGACUCAGCUUUGACUUCAAAUCGAAGACAAAGAGAGGACUAUGAAAGAAGGCAACUUAAGCUAAGAAAUGUUGAGGGACAGAGUAAGUUGGAAGGAUUGAAUUCUCCAACAUUUGUUCCCAGAGUAUCAAUUCAUUAUAGGAGACCAUGCUCAUUGGGAGAUCAUAAUUCUUUGUCAAGCUCUCCUGUUGUUCUAACUUACAUGAAUGCAACUGAAUCUGCAAAGGAAAAUGCAAGAUCAAUGAGCUCGUGAAAUAUAAGGCCCAUGAAUUUUGAUACAUGCUCUGAAAGCUCUUCACCAUAUAAGAAUAAACUCAUAUCCUUUAUUACUACUGAAGUGCCAAGUGGUGGUAGGAUUGGCAAGACUAGUGGUUUCUAGCAGAUCUCCAAGCUCAAAAGGCCUUCCAAGUCCUAUAAAAUCCAGUAGGAAGGUAAAGGAUCUCAGUUUUAACUCAAAGUGCUCAUUUCAGACUUUGGAUAGACAUGGCUUUAGAUAAUUUCAGAAGUUUGGUGCAAGAAGAGAACUUGGUUAGUGUGUCAGGUUGGAGUGGAGAACAUAGUCUGUAAUUUAAUCUAGUUUGAAUAGUUAAACAAUGGUGUGCUAUUUAAUCUCAUCAUCAAAUGAGUAGCUCACUGUAAUGCUGCAUUGUAAUUUAAUCUAGUUGGAACUCUACUCUCCCUCCUUCCAAAUUGGCCAUUAAAGUGUAUUGAGGUUUGGGUUGCAUGAGAGACUUUUUUUUCUCUGUUCAAUACCAAUGGAUAAAUGUGUUUGACUUUAA